UCUCUCUCUCUCUCUCUCUCUCUCUCUCUCUCCAUGGAACCCUAGCACCCCCAGCCAACAGCAGUAGCAGCCAGCACCCAAUUCCCAGCGCCGCCGUCACCCAUGAACUCUUCUCCUCAAUUAGCGUCCAUCCCCGGUGUCGUCGAUCCUCUUUUCCUAGAUCCCUUCUCCUUGCGUUGCUAGUUUUGCUUGGAGCUGCUGUUGGCGUCGCCGCCUCUGUCCUCAUCGUCAUCGGCCACCCUGAACUUGUGUCUCUGUCCUCGUCGUCGAGCCCUCUCUCGCGCGCGCUUCAAGCCUCUGUCUUCGAUCCCCUGGCUGUCCGAGCUCACUUUCCUUCCUCCUUCGCCGUCACUUCUUUUCCUCCCUUGCCGCCCAAGAAGAGAUAGAAGAAAAUAUGGUUACAAAGCCGUUGAAGUUUUGGGUUUCGACAUUAUAUUUUUGGUUCCCUUCAUUGUUUCACUUGCAUUGGUUAGUUUCUUUUUUUUCUUUUUUUCUGAGGCGAAGCAAAUGCUUCUUGGAAUAUCUUGGGCAUAUUCUAGAAAAAUGCUAAUAUUGGGAUAUAUGACUAAUGUAUGUUAAUUCUAAUGGGGUAUUUAAAGUAUGAAUUUAACUUUGUUUAACUUUGAAUUAUGUUAGAAAUUGUGAUAUAUGAUUUUUUUUUUGGUGACUUAUUGUGAUAUAUGAUUUAAAAUCCGAAAAACCGAACCAAACAAAUCCAAUUAUGUUUGGUUUGGUUUGGAUGGCUUCAGAUAAAAAACCGAACCAAACUAAACCUAUCAAAUUUUAUACGGUUGGAUCUGAUGAUUUUUUCUCUAAAAACCAACCAAAAAUCGAACACCACUAGUUAUUAUACUGAUCUAGGACUGAGAUUUUACUCGAAAAAACGCACAAGUCCGCAAGCUCAAGUAAACUCUUGUCGCAGAUUCGUACAUGCAUUGAAUUAUUCAUCACAAAUGUAGUUGCUAUUAUGCUUAACUUGUUCUCCUAAUAUAUAUAAUGUUGACGUACUUGAUCUUUCUGCAUUUUUUCCAAUCAUGUUUAUAUUGUUUGUUCUGAUAAGUUUCUUCUUUGAGCAGAUAGUUUGCUCAUGCUUUAGUGGUACUAGGAAGGGGAAUGAUAAAGACUUUGUCACUUCCUUGCCAAGAACAAUGAUGGAACUCAGUAUUACACAACCUGAUGAUUGGCAUCUUCACCUCCGUGAUGGCGACUUACUUGAAGGUGUCAUCCCUCACAGUGCCAAGCAUUUCGGAAGGGCAAUAGUGAUGCCCAAUUUGAAACCACCCAUCACUACUACUGCAGCUGCUUUGGCUUAUAGGGAGUCCAUUCUGAAAGCAUUGCCUAAAGAUAGCAGCUUCACUCCUUUGAUGACCCUUUACUUAACAGAUAUGACAAGCCCUGAUGAGAUUAAACGUGCAAAAAAGAGUGGAGCUGUUUAUGGUGUGAAGUUGUAUCCUGCUGGUGCUACCACAAAUUCUCAAGAUGGUGUUACAGAUCUUUUUGGAAAAUGCUUUCCUGUUCUUGAGGAAAUGGUUGAGCAAGAGUUACCAUUACUGGUUCAUGGAGAAGUUACAAAUCCAAAUGUUGAUAUUUUUGACCGGGAAAAGGUUUAUAUUGAAACAAUUUUAGAGCCUUUGGUUCAAAAGCUUCCACAGCUUAAGAUUGUAAUGGAGCAUAUUACUACCAUGGAUGCUGUCAAGUUUGUUAUGUCUUGUAAAGAGGGUUCUGUAGGUGCAACUGUUACACCUCAGCAUCUUAUCCUUAACCGGAAUGCUUUGUUCCAAGGUGGCUUGCAGCCUCACAAUUACUGUCUUCCAGUUCUCAAAAGAGAGAUCCACAGACAGGCUAUUGUUUCGGCUGUCACUAGUGGAAGUAAGAGAUUUUUUCUCGGAACUGAUAGUGCUCCACAUGAAAAGCGUAAAAAGGAAUGCGCUUGUGGAUGUGCUGGCAUAUUCAAUGCUCCUGUUGCUCUAUCAGUCUAUGCCAAAGUCUUUGAGGAGGCUGGUGCAUUGAAUAAGUUGGAGGCCUUUACAAGCUUUAAUGGGUCUGACUUCUAUGGCUUACCGAGAAACAAGUCAAAGCUUACUCUAAAGAAGGCUCCAUGGAAAGUACCUGAACUGUUAUCUUUUCCGUUCGGAGACAUCGUUCCCAUGUUUGCAGGCGAAACCCUUGAAUGGGAGGUAUCCCUUAAUUGACUAGCAUUCUUCCUUUUUGACCAAAAUCACUAGUAUCUUUUUUCCUGACAGAAUCCUGAACGAGCUGGGAACAAUUGACACUUUCAGUGGAAAGUGUACAUUAUUUUGGCAUAAUAAAAUAAAUUGCUAAUUUUUAAGAAA